AGGUAUGAAACGACAGUUUUCGGAUACAGACGGGCGAUCGAAAAAGAGUAGAUCUGGCGAUGAAUUUGAAUCGGUGCCUAACUUGGAAGAAAUAGUAAGCUUCGUUAUUGAUGGGAGCAACGUUGAUAAAGUGUUGCUUCGCCAGCGCGACGAAAGGACCCCGUUAGAGAAGCAAGUUGCCGAGAUAAAAUCAGAGCAUCCUGACGUCCUGCUUUUCGUCGAAUGUGGUUACCGCUAUCGUUUCUUCGGCGAAGAUGCAGAGAUUGCUAAGAAAGAGCUGAACAUUCAAGCCAACCCAUCGCACUCCACGCUUUCAGGAAGCAUUCCGCAUCAUCGUCUGAAAGUUCACUUGCAAAAGUUGGUUCACAAAGAACUGGUGCAAGACGAUACCUCGAAUUGUAGCAGGUCUAUUUUAGCAAUUGCAGAAACUUCCACUAAGCCAUCUGAUUUGGGAAGAAAAGAGGUUUCCAUUGCGGUAAUCGCGGUUGACGUUGGAACUAGGGAAGUUUUAUAUGACGUUUUCGUCGAUGACCUCAGCCGAAAUGCACUUUGCAAGCGUCUCCAUCGAAUUCAUCCUUGCGAACUCAUUUGCCGAAUUGCAAAUCUUAGUCCGACCACGUGGAAAACGUUGGAUGUCUUCGUGCAAUCGCGUUAUUCAGCAGAUCCGGUGAGACUGGAAAAUGUUCCUGCAGACUAUUUCGAAUUCACGGAUUCACUUUUAACGGCCACGUCAUUUUUUCAACACCAAAACGGCGAAAUCAGUCAAUUCGGAGCAAAUUUCUUACGAGACUCACCAGCUCAUCUGCUCGGCUGUUUCAGUGCAUUGGUGCGGCAUCUCAUGGCAUUUGAUUUAACGAAGGCCUUGCGGAGUCCUGAGAAUUGGGUUAAUCUGAGUAAUAAUUUGGGUGCGAUUGACUUGCCUUACUUUACCUGUCGAAGUCUGGACUUGACUGAGAAUUUUGCGUAUGGGAAACUCGAGGGUUCUUUGAUGGGUUUUCUGAAUGCCGUCAAAAUCCGAUGUGGUCGUCGAUUACUUCGGAAGUGGGUUUCGCAGCCCCUGAGUAACGUUGGAGAAAUACACGAGCGCCUUGGAGCAGUCGAAAAUUUAGUGGAAUUUCCAGAGCUCAAGGGGAAAAUGAUUGCUGCUUUCCUCAGUAUUCCUGAUGUUGAGCGGGUUUUUGCUGCUGCCGCCUUGCGAAAGGUUGGACCAGCAGACUUUUACAAAGCAGUCGAAGCAUUGCAAAGAAUUGCGGAAGCAAUGCGAACGCUCUUAAAUUCGGAGAAGACCAAUAUUGGAUCGAAUUUUCUGCGCCAACUUAUGCAUGAAAUUGCUGAAUCUUGGGAUUACUGCCACAUGUUGCUGAUCCCUUUGUACAAGGAGGCUGCUAUGGAAGGAAAUAAGUGUGAAGUUUUCCUAAAUGCUGAGAAAAACCCGGAAAUUUCGGCCAUUCGGGAGAAAAUUGAUAGUACUCAAAAAAAGUUGGCAGCAGAGUUGCAAAAAUGUAACGAAGCGUUAGGCCGACAAGUUGUGGACCAGUUCGUGACGCGAGGAAUGCAUGAAUACCUCAUCGAAAUUCCUGUUACCAUGCUUAAUAUCAUACCUAAUAAUUGGAUUUGUGUAAGCUUGACGAAGCGCUUUGCAAGAUUUCACUCACCUGCUGUUAGAUCAUUGAUCGCUCAGUUGAGUGAAUUCCGAGAGAAACUCACUUCGGCAAGUGAUGUUGUUUGGAGUCAGUUCUUGGCUAUUCAUGAAGCUAGCGGGAAUUUCGACAAGCUUUCGCUCGCUGUUCUUUCCUUGAGUAAACUUGACGUACUUGUAGGAUUUUCUUGUGUUGCCGCGGAACAGCAUCUGAACAGGCCAUUGUUCAUCCCGGGUGGUCAUUUUGAAGUAGAAAACGGAUUUCAUCCCGUGGUUGCUCAAUAUGUGGAGCAAAAGACUGGAAAAAUGGCGUAUGUUAGAAACGGCUUCGCCUUCCACGUGGGUAGUGAUCAAGGACUCAGAUGCAUGGUCCUCUCUGGCCCGAACAUGGGAGGAAAAAGUUGUUUUGUCAAACAAACUGCUCUUACAGCGAUAAUGGCUCAAAUCGGUUCCUUCAUCCCUGGGGAUUCGUGCAAAAUGACGUUGUUCGAACGAAUUUUCGUUCGCGUUGGUGGUGAUGCAACGGAAGGAGUUUUCCAAGUUUCUGGAAGAUUGGACGGAAUCGUUGGAGGUAGCAGUUUUUUGGCGGAGACAUCACAGGUUGCUGAAAUCCUUCAAAGAGCGGAUGAAAGGUCUCUUGUGGUGAUUGACGAGUUCGGAAGAGGUACAGCUACUUUUGAUGGAACUGCGCUUGCCGUGGCUGUGCUGAAUUACCUUGUUCACAAGGUUCGAUGCGUUUGUCUUUUUGUCACGCAUUAUCCCGAAGUUUGCACAUUUGCGGAGAACUGCUCUCCCGUGGCCGAGAAUUUCCACAUGGGAUUCCUGCUGCAAAAUAAAGAUGCUGAUCAGGAUGGAAGAGAUCAUCUCGGGCGAAAGGCUUCGAGAAGCGAUGAUGUUACAUUAUUAUUUGAAGUCAAACCCGGAAUUGCACCGUGCAGCUAUGGCCUCAACGUUGCCAAAAUGGCGGGAUUACCCAAAGAGGUGGUGGAUCUUGCUGCUCGUGUCGCAGAUCGAAUGGAAGACACGUCUCUUCGACACAGAUUGGACGGAAUCGUUGGAGGUAGCAGUUUUUUGGCGGAGACAUCACAGGUUGCUGAAAUCCUUCAAAGAGCGGAUGAAAGGUCUCUUGUGGUGAUUGACGAGUUCGGAAGAGGUACAGCUACUUUUGAUGGAACUGCGCUUGCCGUGGCUGUGCUGAAUUACCUUGUUCACAAGGUUCGAUGCGUUUGUCUUUUUGUCACGCAUUAUCCCGAAGUUUGCGCAUUUGCGGAGAGCUGCUCUCCCGUGGCCGAGAAUUUCCACAUGGGAUUCCUGCUGCAAAAUAAAGAUGCUGAUCAGGAUGGAAGAGAUCAUCUCGGGCGAAAGGCUUCGAGAAGCGAUGAUGUUACAUUAUUAUUUGAAGUCAAACCCGGAAUUGCACCGUGCAGCUAUGGCCUCAACGUUGCCAAAAUGGCGGGAUUACCCAAAGAGGUGGUGGAUCUUGCUGCUCGUGUCGCAGAUCGAAUGGAAGACACGUCUCUUCGACACAGGAUUGUUUGGCGUGCCAAAUGA